AAGACGCAGGGGAGGGCGGCAAGGGAUGGGUGCGUCUGUCAGGUGCACCCAGGUAUUGGGGAGGGGGGGCUGGCAGCUGCUGACAGUCAACUCGCCAGGGUGGGGGCAGCCAAGAGCCCCCCUCCCCCCCAGCCCUCUACCUGGCUCCUUCCCCCCCCAGAAACAGCUGGAGAGUUACCUGAACACCUUGCUGGAGAUGAGUGCUUACCGGGACUACCACGCCAUGGCCGAGUUCCUGGACGUCAGCCGGCUCUCCUUCCUUCCGGACCUCGGCCCCAAAGGCUUAGAAGGCCUGAUCCUGAAGCGGUCCGGGGGCCACCGCAUCCAGGGCCUGCACUGCGUGGGCCACCACCAGGUCUGCUACCGCUGGUCCAAGAGGUGGCUGGUGGUGAAGGACGCCUUCCUCCUCUACCUGAAGCCGGAGUCGGGCGUCAUCUCCUGCGUGCUCCUCUUCGACCCGGCCUUCAGCGUCCAGGUGGGCAAGAAGCCCACGGAGGCCAAGUACGGCGUCCGGGUGGACAACAGUUGCCGGUCCCUCGUCCUGAAGUGCGGCAGCUACCGGCAGGCCCGUUGGUGGGGGCAACAGAUCAGGGAGCUGGCCGCCAGCAAAGGCCGUGAGCACCUGCAGCGCCAUCGCCACGAGGGCUUUGCGCCUGUCCGCGAGGGGACCCCCGCCCGCUGGUGA